CACUAUGUUAAAUUCAAAACCAGUAAGCUACCAAGUAUUGAAGUUCAUAUUGAAGCAUUUGGAUCCAAGUUUGAGAAUCCAACUCUGCCUCGUCUGCCCUUCAAUUCAUACCUUAGAAAAAUCAACCCCUUCCUACAUCCACUAUCUCAAGAUAACAGAUAACAGCGUGACAGUUAACCGGGUAACCUGUCAAAUUACAGUUACCGAUAGAAAAGUUGAUUAUCAAUUUGAUAUCAAUCAAUUCCCAAGUAUCAGUGGUACAGUCGAACUAAGGAAUAGUAGAAAUAAUCUGACCAAAACUAUGAAGUACCUUCUCGACAAACUCUUUAAAGGAAGAACUGUGAAAGUGGGCCAACUUGCAAUUUCUUGUGAAAAUCCUCUACGGGUUCCGUUAGCUGCCAGGAUCAAUGUCAAUGUUUUGGAGGUUUUUGAUUCCCGGAGCUUGUCGGCUGCUAGUUCACUAAUUGCAAACUCUUGUCUACCAUUAAGCUUGAUAAAACUCCCAUUUAAAAGCCUUCUGAAGACUAAUAACAAUCCAAUUACAUCAAUAGUAAACCGAAAAACUAAAAAAUGGCACUUCAAAGCUCCAACCACAGCUCCACACAACCUCAGGCGGGUACUGACGUUCCUGCAAAAUCGGAGAGUUACAACUGCACAUUUCGAAAGGGGACACUUCUGCUUUUCAAUUGUUAUAGAAUACUUUAUGGGUGAUAGUGAUAUAGAAAAUGGAACUUAUUAUACAUUUGACACAACUAGGGGAGCUGUAUUUGUAGUUAUGGAGAGGAGUAGGAAGAGGUAUAAAGCGAUGUUGGAAGAUGGAUCUUCUCGACGUUCCAAUCAGCUCACCAUCAAGAAGAACAGCACCUCGAAAUUGGUUAUCAGCAAGAUACAGCAGGGAGAUGCAUGGAUUUUGGGUUUCAAAAUUGAGCGGCGAAGACUUUUCCCUACUUUUUUUUGAGAACAACUAAUCGUUGAAAAAAUGAAAGAAUUCC